AUGGCUACGACUCCUCCGGAGAUGAUCCCGCUGGUAGCGUCUCAACUCGCUCCGGCUUCGUACCAGACCACUGGUAAGCCGGUAACGGAGCUCCCCCGCACACCCGAUAUGCGUCGUAAGCUGUCGCAACUUAAGGACGACGAUGAUGACGACGAUUCCCAAGAACAUAAAACGACCGUCUGGCAAACCUUCAUUCACUUGACUAAGGGUUACAUAGGCUGUGGCGUCCUCAGUUUGCCUUGGGCCGUGAGUCAGUUGGGCGUACCGCUGGGAUGCACCAUGAUUGUCCUCAUGAGCUGCUGGAGUUCGUACAAUUGCUGGACGGUAGUCAAACUCAAACGAUUCAUUGAGCGGAAAAACGUCAGCGUUGGCAACUACGUGCCCCAGACUAGUGCGAUUGAUGACGCCGCCAGUGACACCCCGAGUAACGUCUCAAACAAUACCAACAUUACCUACCCCGACGUUGGCGAAUGGGCUUACGGAAAACAGUUCAACAGCUACGUCACGGCCUGUGUCUGUAUUCAACAACUCGCCAUCUGCACCGUCUUUUUAAGUUUCAUUGGUGAAAAUAUCCUGGCCGUGCUCGAGCGUAUGGAGGUCCACAUGCUUUCCACCCACGCCGGUGUCCUCACUUUGGCCCUGCCGGUGGUUCUCUCGCUCUCCUAUCUGCCCAAUCUCAAGUCACUAUCUCCCGUUAUGGCUGCGGGGAGCAUUACACUUAUGGUUGGCUUUGGUGUGCUGGGCUACGUCAUUGUCAAGUUUUGGGACGAGCGACCCGAAACUACCCCUACAAUUAACGUGUCCCAAGCGCCCCUGGCGGUUUGUGCCAUUCUCUACUCUUACGAAGGCAUUUGCCUCAUUCUACCCGUCGAGUCGGCCAUGAAGGAUCCUCAACAUUUCAAACCCGUCUUUGUGGCUUCCAUGGCAACUGUGGCACUCAUUCUUGCCCUUGUUUCGUCGCUCUCCGUCAUGGCCUUUGGCGAAGUCACCAACGGAAGUAUUACGGCUUUUCUAGUCAAGGAGUUUUCCGACAAUGAGAAUAUCUCGUUAUGGCUUAUGAUUUCCAAUACGGCCGUGAGUUUGUCCGUGCUGCUAACGUAUCCGUUGCAGCUCUUUCCCGCGCUGGAACUGAUUUCACCCUGGGUGCAAAGCAAGUUUCCACCCAAGACGGACGCGGCUGAUGAGGACGACCUCGACGCCUUUGAGCCCCUACCGCCGCUUCCGGAACACGAAGUAGCCUCGAUUGGGUCACACGAAUACGACAACUUUGAAUUUGAUGUCGACGAGGCAGAACCGGCCAAGAAUGGUGACAACAAGGACGAAGACGAUACGAGUCGAGCCGGUAUGAGUUCCGUCACGAGUAUGUUUCCCGAAAUGACAAUGCCCGGGGAUUCACCAAUGCUGCGUACAGCUCUGGUGAUAUCCACCUACCUAGUCGCCGUUGUCGUUCCCAACGUACAAGCCCUUAUUUCUUUAGCUGGAGCUUUGGCGGGAUCGUCCACGGCAUUAUUAAUACCGCCAAUUUUGGAACUGGCCUUUAUCAAACAUCUCGAAACGGACGCUUCACAAGAGGAAGUGGCCAGGGUAGACGAAAGACGAUGGCGGUUACUGACGUCAAUGCGGGACAAAUGGCUUUUUGAAAAGGUCAAGAGCUAUAUCUUGUUGGCGCUUGGGUUCGUCUUUUGUGUGUUUGGAACGUACGCGUCCCUGGCCGAUAUUGUACGCAUCUAUUUGGGCAAAUAAAAUCAACUUUAAAGCAACAAAGAAACUGUUUACAUUGCG